AUGGCGUGGGACCACCUCUCCAUCAACCGGCCGCAUCUGGUCUACAUCAUCCUCGGUGGCUUCACCUCGCUGUUCAUGCUCUGUUCGUCGUUCAUUAAGGAGCAACUGUACAUUGGUGAAGCCACUGUCGCCACCCUCUGCGGAAUCAUCUUUGGCCCACACGCUGCCGACCUGAUCGACCCUGGAACAUGGGGAAAUACCGAUCAGAUCACUCUCGAGUUCUCUCGAAUCGUCCUCGUAGUCCAGUGUUUCGCCGUGGGGGUCGAGUUGCCCAAGUACUACAUGGAAAAGCACUGGCGGAGUGUGGUGUUCUUGCUGAUACCCGUCAUGACGUUUGGCUGGCUGGUAACCAGCCUCUUCAUCUGGUGGAUGGUCCUACCACUCACAUGGCUGGAAAGUCUGGUCUGCGCGGCUUGUGUGACUGCCACGGAUCCCGUCCUGGCGAGCUCCGUGGUGGGAAAGGGAAAGUUCGCCAAAAGAAUCCCCAAGCAUUUGAGAGAUGUCUUGUCCGCAGAAUCGGGAUGCAAUGACGGCAUGGCCUUCCCCUUCGUCUACCUGGCUCUCUACCUCAUCAAGUAUAGACCAGAUGCCAACGAGGUUGCCUUCAACUGGAUCGUCAUUACCAUCCUGUACGAGUGUGUCUUUGGUGCAUUUUACGGUUUCAUGAUCGGCUACAUUGGCAGACACGGUAUCAAAUAUGCCGAGAAACACGAGCUUGUCGACCGAGAAAGUUUCCUCGUGUUCUACUUUGUGCUGGCAUUGUUCUGCGCUGGCUCGGGUAGUAUCCUAGGGGUGGAUGAUCUUCUCGUUGGCUUUGCCGCAGGAGUCGGUUUCUCUAAUGACGGUUGGUUUACGCAAAAGACGGAAGAGUCCCACGUCUCCAACGUUAUUGAUUUACUGAUCAAUUUGGCCUACUUUGUCUACUUGGGUACGGUCAUCCCAUGGGAGCAGUACAACAACGUAGCCUUGGGUCUCACCCCUUGGCGACUAGUUGUCAUUGCCCUCUUCGUCAUUUUCUUUCGCCGAAUCCCUAUCAUGUUGGCGCUGAAGCCACUAAUUCCAGACAUCAAGACCUGGCGAGAAGCUCUCUUCGCUGGUCACUUUGGUCCUAUCGGUGUGGGCGCAAUCUUUGUAGCUAUUCUAGCUCGGGCUGAGCUGGAAACAGACACAACGACCCCACUGGCACAAUACCCUGAUCCUGCAGCAGAGAACUAUAUACUUGUCGCACUCAUCUGGCCUAUCACUACCUUCCUUGUCAUCUCGUCGAUCAUUGUUCACGGCUCAUCAAUUGCUGUGUUUACUCUGGGAAAGCAUAUCAACACACUCCACCUCACUAUGUCGUACACCACAGAUGUUGAUGGGCCUGGCUGGUUGAAUCGACUUCCGCGCAUCGCGACCACCUCAAGGUCGCAGGCAAAAUCCUCGGUCUCUGAACCCGAUGCCGAGGACAUGAAGAUGGACAAUCUGCCCCCCGGAGUUCUGCCCCCAGUCGGCAUGCCCAGGGAAUUCUUGCGUCGCCAAAAAGAGGAGGACAAUCCCGGCUACGCCGGCAGCCGAGCAUCGUCACUCAUUCCCCGUCGCCGAAAGAAGAAGUGGGAUGACGGUCUGGGUCCCGGAGGCCCCAUCACUCAAUCCGCUAUCUACCCUACACGGCGAAGCCAGAGCGUGCAUAUGAGCGAAUACACAUCUGACACCUUGACACCAGGCGAGCACUCCCCAGAAACAGAAGAAAAUGAUGAGGCGAAUGAACGCGAUCUCGGCGAGGUGCAACAUGAUCCCGAGAUGGAGGAGAUCCAGCAUAGGCACUCUAGUGACGAGAAGCGAGAUCAGCACAAGUCGGAUGCUGAGCGCCAUCCGAACAGAGAGGAGGUGUACAUCGAAGGCGACGAUGUUAUCGUUGAAGAUGAGGAUGGCGAGAUCGUUAAUACUGAUAUCACUUCCCAUAAGGUGGGCGAGAAGGCAGCAGCUUCCAUGAACACAGGCAAGCGGUUGAAGGAUGACGUGGAACAUCCAGCUCUGGGCUACAAGAAUCUGAGGAAGAAAUUGGGAGUGUGGCGACACAAAGAUGAACCCGAGGAUGAGGAUGGGGGGCCCAAGGGUGCAAAGGCCCCACCCAAGAAGCGAGGCCCAGCAUUGGCAUAUCAAUUUGGAAACACGAUCAUCGUUGAAGACGAGGACGGAGAAGUUGUCAAAACAUACGAGAUCCCUCCCACCAAACCCAAGUCCGGGCACGGCGGCGCAGUUCGCAAAGAGCUGAAUCGUAUGGGUACCUGGACCGGUAUCGCCAGAAAGCCUGAAAAGAACGGGGAAUCUUCCGAAGUCGAAGCAUCUUCAUCCCGACCCGAAGCAUCCCGCAAGGUCUCUCGACUCGGUAACUGGGGAUUCAAGAGCACGAAAACGGCCGAGUAUGAAGGCGACGACAGAGGCAAGCGCGCCGAUAGCAACGACCAAGAAGAAGACGAUCGCCACAUCCGCUUCACGAUUGGCGGUGCAGGCCGUCGCUUGACCAAGGACGACUUCUUGAAGGAGAUGCGGGGUAUGGACCCGAAAGCUAGAGCUGCAGUAGUAGCCGCCAGCGAUGCAUCAGCCGCCAUGAAAGACCUUGCUCGCAAAGACGCUAGUGCAGACACUCCGGGAAGUAGCCGUCUCUUCGCUGCUCAGGAUGCACAACUGGCUUCAGGCAAGGGAGCAGCCACAUCUGUCGGUGCUGAGAUGGCCAGACGUCAAGGUGCAGUGAUCGACGACGACGACUACGACGACUACGACGAGAUGCACGAGAGUGGUAGCGAGGAAGAGGACAAUGGACGCCCUGCUACGCAUCGCCUUACAUCCAUGGCUGAGCAAGACAACGACGAGAAGCCAAUGGCGGCUAGAAGAAUCGACUAUGCCAACUCUUCGUCGAACGAUACGGGAGAGACGCAAGCGGAGCGCAGGAGGCGAGAGCAAGCACUUAAGGGCGUGAAACAGACGCCAGCGCAAAGGGGGCGGUCGCGGGAGAUUGAGCAAGCGGACGAUGAGGAUCAAGGGGAACCUGAGAGGGAGACGGCCGCGGAGAGGAGGCGGAGGGAGGCUGCGCUUGGGACAAGCAAGGGGAGAGACGAGGACAGCGGCGACGACGACGACGACAUGCUGCGGGAACCGCAACCGGUGGCGAAGAGUCGGGGCAUCAGGUUCGCGCAGAGUCCAGUGAGGGGUGAGAAGAAGUGA